AUGUCCCGUUCCCAGAUCGUGGAUAUUCAGCCUGAUGUGCCGGUGCUAGACCGGGAGUGUCCUGCUGAAAAGGAUUGGGAAUUAGAGAAGGCUGAUCCGGCACCUCAGCGUCAAGAUGCGUUUGGUGAUGAGGAACAUGCUGAGAUUAAGUACAAGGUGUUAAAAUGGUGGCAAGGAGGGCUUCUCAUGGUAGCGGAGACUAUCUCACUGGGCAUUCUUUCUCUCCCAGCAGCAGUUGCAGGACUGGGUCUCGUGCCAUCACUCAUUGUUAUCAUCGGUCUGGGUGCACUUGCUUCGUACACAGGUAUGCUCAUUGGCCAGUUCAAACAGAGACACCCGCAUAUCUCCAGUAUGGCCGAUGCAGGUGAGGUUUUGAUGGGACGGUUUGGUCGGGAGUUGCUGGGAACGGCUCAGUUACUGUUCCUCGUGUUUAUCAUGGCGAGUCACAUUUUGACUUUUACGGUUGCGUUAAAUGUUAUUACCAAGCAUGGGACUUGUACGCUGGUGUUUGGUGUUGUUGGCAUGACUAUUUCGUGUUUCCUGUCGCUGCCUAGGACGUUGGCGAAGGUUUCGUGGCUCUCGCUUGUUUCGUUCGUCAGUAUCUUGUCCGCUGUUAUGAUCACUAUGAUUGCCGUUGGAAUUCAGAACCCUGGGACUGUCGUUCAUGCCACUGUUGAGACGAACCUGGUGACUGGGUUCAUGUCCGCUGCGAACAUUGCUUUUUCAUAUGUGAGCCACAACACUUUCUUCACAUUUAUCGCCGAGCUCAAAGACCCGAAAGACUUCCCCAAAGCCCUCGCUCUCCUCCAGACCGUCGACAUGACCCUCUACAUCAUCGCAUCGGUUGUGAUCUACCGCUAUGUUGGCUCUGCCGUCACCUCUCCUGCUUUGGGAUCCGCCGGUCCUCUGAUUUCUAGGAUAGCAUACGGCGUGGCCCUUCCCACGAUCGUUAUUGCAGGAGUAAUCAAUAGCCACGUUGCCGCGAAGGCAAUCUAUAUUCGCAUUUUCGCCGGUACAGACCGCAUGCACAAGCGGGAUUGGGUUGCCGUUGGUUCAUGGGUUAGCAUUGCCUUUGGGCUCUGGAUUUUUGCGUGGAUUAUCGCAAUGGCAAUUCCGGUGUUCAGUGAUCUACUCACCUUGAUUACUGCUCUCUUUGGAAGUUGGUUCACCUUUAUCUUUACUGGUAUCUUUGGAUUGCAUAUGAACCAGGGAGUGUGGUUUGCAUCGCCCAAGAAGACACUUUUGACGUUCCUCAAUUGUUUCUCCAUCUCCGUUGGCCUUAUCCUGUGUGGUCUUGGCUUGUAUACUUCUGGGAAGUCCAUCCAUAACAAUUCUUCAGGCCAUGGCAGUUUCUCGUGCGCUGAUAACUCCUAA